UUCUGACCGCUACUUUCGAUCUCACCGCUACUUUAGUAUGUUGUCCUUGAGUAGCAAAAAGGGACUUCAUAGGCUGAUUUAUUCAUCAUACUCGCGACUUUCAUCUUCGAAGCCAAGCCAACCUUCAAAAGUUGAUAGUUCUGAUGAGUCCAUCCCGUUCAAACCGUACAGUCCUUUUCCAAAACCACAAGGGAAAAUAGACUAUGUUAUUACCCGGCUUGAUGAUUUAGCAGACUGGGCUAGGAAAAACUCAAUAUAUCCGCUUACUUUCGGUCUUGCAUGCUGCGCUGUUGAAAUGAUGCAUAUCGCUGGGCCUCGUUAUGACAUGGAUCGUUAUGGGGUAGUUUUUCGGGCUAGCCCACGUCAAGCUGACCUUUUAAUCGUUUCCGGAACUGUUACGAACAAGAUGGCCCCGGCUCUUCACAGAAUUUACGCCCAAAUGACUCAACCGAAGUGGGUUAUUUCAAUGGGCUCUUGUGCAAAUGGUGGUGGUUACUAUCACUAUUCAUAUAGUGUUGUACGUGGCUGUGAUCGAAUUAUUCCGGUUGAUAUAUAUGUCCCAGGUUGUCCUCCAUCUGCAGAAGCGCUGAUGUAUUCUAUAUUACAACUGCAAAAAAAAAUUAAAUCUGAAAAACACAUUAAAUCAUGGUAUAGGAAAUAAAUGAUGAAUUUAUCUUAAAUGAAAAGAGAAUUUUCAGAACUGAAUUGUAACUCACUUUCCAAAAUUGAUUCAUACAUUAGUGUUUACCUGUAUUUAUUAUAGAAAACCAAACCUUUCUAGAUACACAUGUGUUUAUCUGCUCAA